CCCUUACACAUAUAUACACACACACACCCUAAUCCCUCCAGAAUCCUGCAUACUCAAAGCAUCAUGCUGCUGCUGCUUCGGCGCAUUCGGCUGGGAAAGCGGCCGGGUUAGGGUUUGAGUUGCUACACCUGUUGCUGGAGUGCCUCUAGUUCAAGGCAAUGGGCCUGCGCAAAAGCUUUCCCGCCAAAUUCGUGCCGCUCUCCUCCCAAAGGUAGUAUUGAGAUUGACCGAGGGCAGGCAAGCCUGUGGUGGUGAGGAGUGUGUACACAAUGGAGGAGGUGGCCGCGGAGCCUCUCGUCUUUGAGCGGUUCCAUCGGCGGCAUGAUUCGCGCUGGCUUCUGGAGUCGCUGCCUUCGCCGCUGUGCUUAGCCUGCGCCAUGGAGGCGGUGAAAGAGGACGGAGCCCCGCUAGUACGCAAGCAGUAUGUGCUCUCACGCCUCUGUGAUGUUUUGACUUGCCAUGCAGCACUGAUAAUCCCUUUGCUUGCUCAAGAUGAAAGAGUAUGUGCCCAUUUCAUGUCAACUUUAUUUGAAAUGUUACAAACUGUGGAAGACAACAGUGUGCUGAAUUUGCCCAUUGAAGUUUUAGUACUGCUUGUAGUGGAGCUGAAGUUGGACAGGUACCUGCACUAUUUAUUGGAUGGAUGUCAGAAAGAGUUAUGUAAGGUAGCCACUACAAGAGCCAGCUUACCCAUGUUUGUUCUUCUGGGAAAGUUGGCAGAUGCUAUUCCAAAUUUUACUGAGGUGUUAGUGUUUGAACACAGUAACAUGAUGCAGCAUCUGGCUGCAGGGUUGAUAUAUCCCAAUGAGAGCAUAAAGGCUGCUGUAUGUUAUCUUUAUGGCAAGCUGUACUCUGUCCCCAGUGCUGCAGAGAGACUAUUGAUGCAUUUCAUAGAGAGGCUGUGUUGCCUCUUUCUAACUACUCUGAAGAAUGCCCAGACCAAGGAGCUGCAACUUAACUGCAUGGGUUUGUUAAAGCAGCUGCUAAAAUAUGACAACUUUGUUUCAGUUAUUAUGAAUAAUUCAGGGAAAGGAGCAAAUUCUGCAAGUCCAGAGUUGUUUGAGGGAGAGAGUCCAUUACCUUUAGUGCUCAAGAAGCUGCUGUUGUCAAGGGAUGAGAUAUUACAGGUAGCAAGUGCUCAGUGUAUGGCUGCUGUACUGGUGCAUUCGCCAACAAAAUACGCUCCAGCCUUUAUCCAUGCAGAUGUCCCAGAAUUUCUGUUUGAGUGUCUCUUUUGCACAAGUGAAAUUCUCAUCUGGUCGAUUUAUUGCUGCCUGCUGCUCCUGACUGAGGAACAGCUUUUCUUUUCGAAGUGCCACACUAUCUAUGGCAUUGAACCUGUUUUAAGGAGUCUGAAAGAAGUAUUCCGUCAUAAUAAUGUUGAAUUGAAUAAGCAGGGACUUCUGCUUUUCACUGAAAUCCUGAAACGGCAGCCAGUAGAAAUAAAAUUAUUUACAAAUAUUGGUAUCUUUAAAGAUGCCAUUAAUGUUCUUUUGGAAGCUGUAAGUUGCCCUGUUCUGGAAGUAGCAGCUGAAGGUGUAAAAGCUGUUGCUGCAAUUUUGAGAAAAGAUCAUGUGAACUUCCCACCAAUACUAUAUGGAGAACUAGAGAAGCUGGUUGAAAGUGUACUGAAGCAGUGCAGUGAUCUCCCACCACCGCUUCCUAAUAAGAAGUUAAUGGGCCACUCAGCAGUCAGACAUCAGAACAAAGCAAUUUCACAGCAGGGUCAGUUCCUGCAGAGUGCCUUAGAAUGCUUCAGGAAUGCUUGUAGGUUAGCUGUAGAAUGUCAAAAUGACCCUCUGGCUCAGGAGAAUGCUUUCACUGCCCCCAGCUUGGAGAAAAGGGAUACAUUGAAAAGCUUUUCUGAGUUUCUGCUGAGAAUGUCUGACUCUCUUUGCAUCCCCAUAAUCAUGAAAUUUUCGGAAAGGGCUGUCCGCCCAGCUCUCAUGGAAGUCUUCAUCUCAACCCUCAACAUUCUGUUCAGUGUCAUACCAGACACUUGUAAGAUAUUUUCCAUUAAACUGGCAUCUUCCUCGUUCAUUCGAUUGAAUCUGGAGCUGAAGGCCAAAUUCUGCCCUGGACAGAGUAAUCCUGCCUUGAAUCAAGCUUGUUCCAGUUUUCUUCAUAGCUUGUGUCUCAGUCUUCAUUCAUCCUCUGAGAAGAUGGUGGGUUCCUCUCAAGAAGAGCAAGAAAUAUCUGAGCUCCUGCGGAGGAGUCUGCCCCAGUUAAACUUAAGAGUACCAGAAAGCCUCAAUCUGUUAUCGGAAACCCCCGAUUCCUUCUGUUUAGAUGAAACUCUUCGCAAUCACCAGUAUAGCCUCCUACUUCUUUUCUACUUUGCUUUUAGCCAAGAUGACAGAUUUGUUCCAGAAGCAGAGCUAUUUUCAGCUAUAAGAAGUUUCCUUCUGUCACUCCAAGACCUGGGAGACUGUCCACCCCCAUAUGUCUUCAGAGCUGUUUUAUACCUUCUGGCUAUCUGCCAAGACAAGACUAACGCUUUAGAUUUGACUUCACUUUCUGCCAUUAGGAGAGUCCUGGAUGUUAUCUCUGAUUUCAGCCUGGUGUAUGUCCAUCAUCCUCUGUUGCUUAAUUUCUUUUUACGUUAUCCUGAGCUUAUGGGAAGAUUUGGUCACCGCAUCCUUCAGCUCUGGUUUUCAUGUGAAGACUACAGCCAAACUGAAUCUGAAGAUGAUGUCGUAAUGCUCUCUGGUGGCUUUUCUGAAUCCCCAAGCAACUUUAACAGUUUCCUUUGCAUGCUUAAGGACAACCCGAGUGCUUUACUUGUUUUGCUGGAUCUAGUCUGUCUGGGUACUAAGGAAGUGAUUCGCAAAGUCUUAGUGGUACUGAAGACCUUCCUGAAAAGAAAUGAGGAUAUCCAUGUCUGUGAUCUUCUUCGAAGCCAGUUUCUACAGAUUUUGCAGAAGCUUCUUGUAGAAAACAGUUCCAGCAUUUUACGAGUAAACCAGAUCCUGCCACUUCUGUUGAACCUUCUCUUCCUGGUGCAGCUGAGGCAUGCAACAGAGAGGGAGCUGGAUAGCACUGAUUUCAGAUUGCUUCAUCUGGUCAGCAGUUUAUCAGGAAAAUGCAGCCCAACAGAUCUUGAGAUUCUGCAGCCAUCCCUGAAUUUCCUGUAUUGGAGUCUUCAGCAGACAACACCUUCCAGCCAACGAAGAGUGGUGGCUAUGUUGCUUUCCAAUUCACGCUUACUACAGCUACUCGAGAGAGUUCUCCAGCUCACAUGGAUGUCAACCUCUCCUACUGAACCUGCUGUCCUCUCAUCCAAUGAAGCUCUUCUUUGUUCUGCUUGGCUGUUCUUUGCUUCCCUCUUAAAGCAACAACAUAUUUACAAUGCACAGGUUCAUCAUGUAAUCUGUCUGGAUGUGGACAAGUUCUUCAGAGCAAUAGCCUUUAGGAAGAGGAAACCCCUAUUGUUCUUUGUCAGCAUCCUUCAGUUUCUGAAAGCCUUCUUUAGGCAGAACCUCUCUUCCUCCUAUGUGAAGUUUGUCCAGCCGAUAGAUGAACAUGAGAAGGAGCUGCCACUGUCUAAAGAGGAUGCCUCCUUGUAUCCACUGACCAUGCAGCAUGUGCUAUCCUUGGUCAUCAGUCUACAGAACCUAUUGGUCCAGAAAGACAUGUUGUUAUCACAAACUGUUGUUGGCUGUCUGGAGGUCUUAUUGGAAUAUUUGCACCCGAAGAACCAGGACAUUGCAUGCCAUAUUGUCUCACAACCAUGGAAUAAAUUCCUGCUGAUCACACUUCUAGAUGGUGGUGAGAAUUCUUUUCUUCACCCAGACACACUCAGACUUUUUGCUUUGUUUUUGAGGUACCAGAGCACCAGAAUUAUAUCUCAAAGUGAAAUUAGCCAUAUACUUGAAGAAGCAGCAAAUACGAAAUUGCCAGAACUUUCUAAUGUCACAGUCAGUACUCUUCGCUCCUUUCUUCUUCUGGUGAGCAGUUUGGAGAAGCUUCGAAGUGGGAAAUGUCAAGUGGAUCCAGCCCAAGUAGCAUCGAUCCAAGUCUUGCUGGAGAGCCUUCCAACAACAAGUAGGAUUCAGCACAGGCAUCAAGGCAUGGUAUGUCUUGGAGGAGUGGCUGUGUCUCUCUCUCACAUUGGAGACUGAAAUGAUCAGUGUUGAACAGGGAAUGCAAAAACAGAUGGAUAAAUCAACUUGCCUUUACACUUUCUUUGCUGUCAAUGGGCUUAAAGAAGAAAUCUAAUACAAGUGAUUAAAGCCUGUUCCAGAAGCAACAAAUAUUUUAGUAAUCUAUUCAGUACUUCAACUAUAAACCUCCGCAUAAAAAAAUUAAAA